CCCAACCACAUCUCUCAACAACCAUCAACGAAAAGACAGUGUCCAGCAUGGCAGAAUACUCCGUCUACCUCAUCAAAACCCACCUGGCUAUACAAGACCCCGACCUGCCGUCUCCACGCUAUCAUACCACGAUCUUCGUCGAAACAGACCCCAUCACCGGGUCCGGUCACAUCCACGAAGUCGACGGCGAUAUCACCUCAAGAGAAGGGAUGCACUAUCAUAGCAGAUCUGCUCCUCGUCCAGAGACCUCUGACACAUUCUUCUCUCGAACACUGCUUGGUCACACACCCGCAGCCGGAUAUCCAGAGACAUGGGACACGGUAUUGAAAGCGGUGCCACCUCCACCACAGCAAAAGGCAUUCAACAUCAAGCGAAUGCAAACAGAGCCAUUCAAAAGUUUAUCGCCAUUGGUGUUUUAUGAAAAUGGUGAGGAAAGAGGGCCGUUGAUGAAGUGCCCAGAGUGGGUGGUUGACAAGGCUAUUCCGGUCCUGAAGGAAGUGGGCUGUUUACAGGUGCCGCCGGGCUUGUGAGUUUGUCAGCGCUUGGUGAAUGCUUACGGUAUUCAUCUUGUGUCAAUCUUCUAAUGGUGUUGGCUAUGGUGAUUGGAUUGUUCUGGACUGCACUGGAGCUGUGCAAACGGCUCUGGGCAGGUGGAUUGGGAAUGCACUACUUGCAUAUUUAGUCCUGCAGUUCGCUCUUUAUGUUGUUUGUCAACAUACUAUCUCUUAAAUAAAGAGCACAAAAGAGCCAGGAUAUGCCUGGUAUAGUCUUAUUUCCAUCUUAAAUUCAUCUCACAACUCAUACGGAGGACAUGGCGGGAUUACGAUGGAUACUUAUUUGGAUGAGACAACAGACCAAGCAUGUGCUAUGGAAGUGAAAGGAAGGGGCUAGAAUUAAAGUAAACGAUAAUAUAACC